AUGGCCAACACCAUUGGAUGGCCAACACCAUUGGAUGGCCAACACCAUUGGAUGGCCAACACCAUUGGAUGGCCAACACCAUUGGAUGGCCAAGACGCUGCAAAGGAAUCUGAAUUGCAGACAAUCCCGCUUGCAGCCACGUCCAGUGCUGCAGCUCUGGGCGUGAUUUCUUCUGCAAUUCAGCAGCGACGUGACCUGAUGAGUGGCGUCAUUAGCGGCAGGUAUGGUUCGUUCCAGAGUGACGAGGAGAUGCACUAUGCUGCGAGGCUACACGAGAGGUUCAACAAGUUCGAGGCUGAGAUGCGCGAGGCUCUCCCGAAUUUCCUUGGAAAAGAAUACACUGAAAGGUGUAAAGAGGCGUUGAAAGAGGUGGCAGGGAUUUCACUACCGAACAUGCUGGAUCAGGUUGUGGUAGGACAGCUGGUUCAGGAGGUGGUGGAUAGCAUCGAAGGGCUGUGCUUGCUCCUGGUGAAUGACUGCUUUGCGUAUCCAACCGAGGUGCAGCAGGCUGUGGCGUCUCAUGCCUGCGGGAUAUAUCCUGGCACUGCUUCGCUGACCAACCUGAUCAGCAAUGACGAUCAGGCAGCAAGGGACCUACAGAUCAACAUGUUCUCGUAUGCCAAUGUGAUGCACAAGCGGCUGUGUGAUGCGAUCCCCGUGGAGAUUCGCAUGUGCCUUGAGACCUCUCUCCUCGAUGAUACUGACACUGCUGUGUGGAGGGAAAUUCAUGGUGGGGACAUUUCCAAGAUAGCGGCUCUCAAGGCGGUGGAUCAGCAGCGAAGGGCUCGGCUGGAGGAGAGUAUCAAACGGUUGAAGGCAUCUGAAGCGACGCUGCUGGGCCUUGCAUUUGACACUCCCAUGCUGCUAGCCUAG